UGUUUCUACGGUUGAUGGUAAUGGCUAAAACUACUUUAAACUGGUAGUAGUGGCCUUUUUCAGGAAAUCAAAAUAGCAUGUAAAUGAUGACUAUACUUAAAAAGAAACAGUGGAGGUACGAAGCAUACUUAAAACUGUACAACUUCCUCCCCCGUACCCCCCAUCCAAAUGCAAUUUCACAUUGAAUGUCAAUGCAGCUUCUGAGAAUAAGACAAUUAGAGGUGAAAGUGAUUGACAGGAGUUAGCUGUGAAAUAAUUCAUGAGGUAACUUAUACAGGUAAUGAGUGAACACAUUAAUAAUUGAGUAACCUAGGAAGAAACACCUGUAUUGUUCUUCUCUUCCAUUUUUUUCUUUUAAAGCAAAGUCCUGAUAAGCUACUGCAUGCAGUCAAUAUUUUUGUGCUUGAAUUUGCUGAGAAAGCUAUAGCAACAGAAGCAUGCCAAGUUCUGACAGUGUGAAAGUGGCAGUACGUGUAAGACCUUUCAGUAAGGUUAGUAACUUGUGUGUGGUGUUGGAACUAAGGGGCCUAAACUAGAGUUGUGGGCUCUUCAGGAGAGGAGGAGGAUGGUGAGGUGAGACUUUGGCAAGGAAAGGUGGCCGCAGCUUAGCCUGUGUCCUCCAGCAGCCAAAGUGCCUAUGCUUCUAGGAGAUCAAAGCUGCUGCCAUAUUACUCAUGGUGGAGCCUGGCGCUUGUCAGUCACCCAGUCAGUUUUCAUGCACUUCAUACACCAGGCCUGGCUUAAUUGUGCAUUGGCUCAGCUUUGCCUUGUUCCAUCUAUAGUAGAUGUGGCUAGUUAGUUCAAAUUGCUUUUUGCUGGAUUCAUCUCUGUCUGUUUGGAUCUUGCUGUCUCAUUUUUUUCUGAUGCGGCAUUUAUAUUUCCACAUGAUGAUGGGAGAAGCAUUUAGCUUCUCUUAAAGGCACGGGAACCUUUUCAGACUUGGCCUUGGAAUCCUCGGGCAGCAUUGACUAGUUAAUCCACAGUUUUAUUGUAUCUGACUAAAAGCCUUUCCAGAACAUUUAAAACCAGGGCAAAAAUCAGAACAAAAUAAGUUAUGAGGAUAACUGAGACAAGCUAGUCAUGCAUUGCUAAAAUCCUGUUAACAUUGACAGCACAUUGUGGGCAAUAGCCACACUAAGUUGAGGUUUUUUUGUUUGGCUUUGGUUUCUAAUCCCUCACCUUUAGAAUCUGGAUCCUGUACCUUUUACUUCAUCUGUGCUACAAAAAGCUUUAUUUGAUUAAUUACUUGUGUGAGGCUGCUGGUAAAGCACAGGAAAAAGGCCAGAAGGAAGGUAACAGUAUUUGUCUGCAGCUUGUGGGCCCUCCUAUAUAGGGCUACCAUCUUUAUGCUGGCAGAGCUCCUGUGCCUUUAAAUGUGCAAAGUAGGCAGGAAUGCCACAGCUGCAGCUUUUCUCAGCCUAGAAGUCCAGUGAUGGGAAAAGCUGCACCUGCUAGAAAUUUACAAGAACAUGAGCUGUGCAAAGGGGGCACAGAUGGGCCCAUUAUAAAGUUCCUCUACUUCUCCAUACAUCAUUUAGUACAUUCUACCUAAUGGUGGGGAGUGGGAACAACCAUGGGUGGGCUUGAGACAGCAGAAGAGAUGGAAGGGGAAAUUAAUAAGCUGCUGCCAAUGCUACAAAUUCAGCACAAACAGAUUCUUUGAAUGGUCUCCCUCUUCUGGCUUCGGAUGUUCUGGUGCUCCUAAAUCUCUAGGGCAAAUUCAGCUCCAAAAUGUUUGCAAGUGGAGAGAGGGAGUGAUACUUGCCCCACCAACAGGGAGAGAGAAAAGAAUGCAGGCAGCCAGUGUGUGAUUUCUAUGAAUUCCAACACUACCACCAUACAUGAUCCAAAGAAUCCAAGUCAUGUGAAAACAUUUACCUUCGACCUGGCUUAUUGGUCACACAGUGGAUUUUUAAAGGACCAAGAUGGCAAGCUUAUUUCAGCAGGGCCAAGCAGCAAAUACUCGGGACAGAGUGAAGUUUUUCGUGACCUUGGUCAAGGAGUUCUAGAUAGUGCUUGGCAAGGUUAUAAUGCUACCCUCUUGGCUUACGGUCAGACAGGCUCAGGGAAGAGUUAUUCAAUGAUUGGAUAUGGUGCGAAUAGAGGCAUAAUUCCAGUGGUGUGUGAAGAGCUCUUUAAAACAAUUCGAAACCAAGACAAGAACAAGCAAUAUCAGGUUACAUUUAGUAUGCUGGAAAUUUAUAACGAACAGGUAAUAGACUUAUUAUCUAAAAUCAAGAAGCCAGGUGGGCUAAAGUUAAGGGAAGAUCAGCAACAAGGCUUCUACGUAGAUGGUUUGAAACUAGUACCUUGUGACAGUUAUGCACAAAUUGAGAGGCUAAUGGAACAAGGGACCAAAAUAAGAACCACUGCAUCAACCAUCAUGAAUGCCACCAGCAGUCGGUCUCAUAUGGUCAUCACUAUCCAGUUCAAACAGAUUUUUCUAAAAGAAGAAAUCACCAAACAAUCCAUUAUAAAUCUGGUGGACUUGGCAGGAAGCGAAAGACAAAAAUCCUCAGGAUCAGAAGGAGACCGACUGAGGGAAGGAACACGUGUAAAUCUGAGUUUAACCACCUUAGGAAAUGUUAUCAGCACCCUGGCUGAGGCUGCCAUGGGAAGGAAAGUAUUGCAUGUCCCUUAUAGAGACUCGGUUCUUACUAAACUCUUGCAGUCUGCUCUAGGAGGAAACAGCAGAACUGUUAUGAUUGCAGCAAUUAGUCCAGCAGACAUGUGUUAUGAAGAGACAUUGUCAACUCUGAGAUAUGCUGAGAGAACAAAAAAGAUAAAGAACAAAGCAGUGAUAAAUACAAGUCCAACAGCAAAACUGAUCAAGGAGCUGAAGGCAGAAAAUUGUAAUCUGUUGUCCAGGUUGGCAGGCCUUGGGAACUCUGGUAAAACAGUGGCAGAUGAAACAAAAGAACUUCGCUAUUUGCUUGCUGAAAAUGAACUGCGGAUUCAAGCCAUUCAAGCAACCUGGGAAUAUCGUUUGGAAGAAGCUCGGAAAGAAUGGGAGCAGCAAUACGCUGUAGUCACUCAGGAGAGACGGAUGAUGGAAACAUUUCCUUAUCUUGUGAAUAUCAAUGAAGACCCUCAGCUUUCAGGGGUUCUCAAAUACUUCAUUCAAGAUGGUUCUUCUGAAGUUGGUCAGUCAUCCUCAAAUGCAAUAAGCCUUAGAGGUUUAGGUAUUUUGGAUAAACAUGCAACAUUCACAAAUGUUGAUGGCAAAGUCACAAUAAGUCUCCGGGAUAAGUGUAAAGUCAUUGUUAACGGUGUGCCCAUUGUUGUGAAAACUAAACUGCAGCAUCUGGACCGUAUUAUUUUUGGAUCAAACAGUGCAUAUCUCUACAUUGGUCCACCUAGAGAUCGCACUAAUGAAGACUUGAGCCGAUAUGAUUAUGAUUUUGUUCAGUCUGAACUGGCGGCGGCAGAAGGCUUCAGUGUAGAUAAACUUGGUGCUACAAAUAGGAAGGAUGGGAAGCCCGAUCCCAGUGUCCUUGCUGUGUUCCAUGAUUAUAUUAAAUUAAUGCCUUUGGUUGCAGAAGCAAAUCAGAUGAGCAUGGAGCUGAACAAGGAGCUAAAAUUGGAGCUGAAGGUGAAAAAUCUGGCAUCUUCUGACUCCAGAGGCUAUGACCUGCAAAAGGAAAUAAUAAUUAAAGUGAUGCACCAAGUUACUAACCAGGUAUGGGUUUGGUCAAAACCUAAGUUCAUCAACAGGAAAUUUCUCAUGGAAGAGCUAUAUCAGCGUUUUUUAGAUGGAGAUGAUGUGCAAGUUGACCAAGAGAAUGAUCCAUUCUGGGAUCCUGUGGAAGCAAUCCAUUUAGGGACUGCUCAUAUCUGGCUGCAGUCUCUUGCUUAUUGCAUGAAACUUGAAGAACAAAUGGAACUCCUGAAUUCUGAAGGGAUGGAAGAAGCUGUCAUACUUAUCAAUAUAAUUCCUUGCUUUCCAAGUGGGAGACCCUUUGGAGAGGAUGAUAUGAUUAUUGACCCUUUGGAAUUGCUUGGCAAAAGGAUUGAUUUCCAAAUUCACAUUUUACAGUGCCUUGGAGUCAAGUGGAUUAAAGAAGUGGCACAGAGGGGGAUUCAGAUCGGAUACAAAGUUUAUGAUCUCCCAUGCUCAUUAUACACAAAGCCUGCUUGGAAAAAUGUGAAUCCAAAGAUAGAUGAACUAGUCCAGUUUUCAAACCUAAAGACAUCCCAUGAAUUUUUGAAUUAUCUGCAGAAAAAUGCAUUGAUUGUUGACUUGUGGGGGCUUCAAGAAGGAUGUGCAGAACUGGACUCUUCCCAACAAGACAUGCCAGUAACAAGUGAAGGCUCCAUUAUAAUUGAUAAUGCUAAAGCUGGGAUGCUGAGCCAUACUGGGCUGGACACCGAAAACCAAAUUACUGAACUUUACCAAAAGCUGCUAAAGCUAGAGCAAGAAACUGAACUACUCAGAGAUAUUAACAGAGCUCUGAGGGAAGAAAAUGUAGUUCUGAAAGAGAAACUGAAAGAUUAUGAGGCAGAAACUCACCGAAGCAAGCCCUUAAAGUCCCCUAUGAAAAAUCAAGCUAAGUUACCUCCAUCUGCACCAAAAGAUACACGCCAAGUGUGUAAUUCUCGGAUGAGCUGUGAUGGUGAAUUUGCCAAAGCCCUCAAAAUCUUCUACCAGAGUAUGAAUGUGAUCAGAGGACAGUUCUUAAAAUUGAAGCACUGCAGAUCCCCGCUUGAAGAGCACACCAUGAUGCAAUAUUGUUAAUGGCUGACAUGGUGCAUGUGUUUAACAGGAACAAGAGUGAUUUGUAGAGCCACUGCUGCAAGCAUGAAAGCAGCGAUGCCACUGUAGAGAAUGGCCAGUAGCACUAGAAGCAUUCCAGGCAAACCUCACUAUCGUGGGCCCAACAUCCACAGCUCCGUGUAUCUACAGUCAGGUAACUGAUACCCGACAUCAGCAUACGCGAAAAAAAUGGUUUAAAAGGGGUUAAUUUCACAUAUCCCCA